AUGUUCCGCCCGCUCACGCUCUGGCAGAACAUCCCCUGCCCGGCGCUCGACGCCCGCGGCAGCUGCACCGUGACGCACUGCCUCUUCUCGCACGCCCUGUCACGCCCGACCGCGCCCCCGCCGCCCGCAGCCUCACCGCCUCCACCUCAACCCCCCGCAGACCCCAACAGUGCCACCCGCACACCUCCGCCACCAGCAGCGCUCUCCGGCGACCCCCGCCUCCGGAAGAUCAUCGAAGCCAACACCAACCCCAACCCCAACCCCAACCCCGCCGACAGCGACGACAGACGCGACUACAAGCGCCGCCGGGUCCUCGACGACACCGCCGCACCACCGGGCCCCGACUCCGCCGCCAACACCGCGGACAGCACCCAGCCGCCGGCAGUGAAGCGCACAAAGACAAAGGUCGAGACCGCGGGUUCGGCGCUGGGCGCGCCGAGGUCGAUCCUCAAGAAGAGCCCGCCCGCUGCGUCUGCGUCUGCGUCUGCGUCGGCAGCGGUGCCAAAGACUACGAACGGGACGAGUGCCGGGAAGGGCGCGCCGGCGAAAACUACCCAGCCCGCUAAAUCCGAGGCGGAUGCGAAGCCAUUGUCGCUGAACCCACGGCUCGUGCCGUCGUCGCCAGCGACACACGCGGUGCGGCUGCAGCUACUAACGCUGCUGCACGCCGAGUACGUGCGGCUUCACGCCGGCAGCGGGGACGCGGACGUGGACGCGGGCGCGGACGCACAGAUGCUACUCGGGCUGGCGCUGGACGAGGAGGAGCGCGUGGCGCGCGAGAUGCGCAGCAUCUACACGCAGGCCAUGAAGAAGCGGAUCGUGAAGCUCAAGAACAGCAGCGCGGGCGAGUUUGCGGCGGAGCAGGAGAAGAAGCGGCAGCGGGCUGCUGCGCGCAAGGAGGAGGAGGAGGAGGAGAAGGAGCGGGCCAAGGGGGUGAAGGCGGCGGCGGCGGGCGGGAAGGUGGUGGACCACGGGAUGGAUAAUGGGAAGCCGCCGCUGGAGACGGGGCUGACGCCCGCGGAGGAGCUGCAGGCGCUGGCGGGGCUGCUGCAGGAGCCGGCGCAGUUGAAGGGGUAUAAAUAUGUGCUUGAGCCGCCGACGGCGGGGGAGGUCGAGGCGGCGCUUAGGGGGGCUGAGGCUGCGGGCGGGUGGGAGGCGUGUGAUCGGUGCGGGAGCAGGUUCCAGGUCUUUGAUGGCAGGAGGGAGAGCGAUGGGCAGCUGGCCUCGGGGGGGAAGUGCACAUAUCACUGGGGCAGGGCCGCAUGGCCAUCACGCUCCAGCGCCAACCGCGCGCCCACAGACAGCGACAAGAUCUUCACCUGCUGCCGCCAGCGCGUCGGGCAGUCGGCGGGCUGCACAACCUGCGACAACCACGUCUACAAGAUCAGCGAGUCCAAGCGCCUGGCCUCGCUCUGGCAGUUCAUCAAGACGCCCCCCCGCCCCCAAAGCUCGCCACAGAGCAGCAAUGCAAAGGAGCCCAUCGAGCGCGCCCUCUGCCUCGACUGCGAGAUGUGCUACACCACCCACGGCAUGGAGCUCAUCCGCCUCACGGCCACGGCCUUCCCCUCCGGCGCCACCGUCAUCGACGCCCUCGUGCGCCCCGCCGGCGGCAUCCUCGACCUCAACUCGCGCUACUCGGGCGUCUUCCCGUCGCAGCUUAUGGCCGCCACGCCGCACGUGCGCCUCCCCUACCCGCCCACGCCCACCUCCCACACCGCCUACAUCAACCCCACCGCCACCGCCGCCGCCGCCGCCGCCGCUGGGGUCGAGGCGCCGCCGUUGCAGAUCCUGCCGUCGCCGCAGGCGGCGCGCGAGCUGCUGCUGAGCUAUGUUGACGCGGAGACGCCGCUGCUGGGCCAUGCGCUGGAGAAUGAUUUGGGCGUGCUGAGGCUGUGUCAUGGGGCGGUUGUGGAUACGGCGGUGCUGUUCCCGCAUGCGAGGGGGCUGCCGAUGAGGAACAAGUUGAAGUAUCUUGUGGAGAGGUAUUUGGAGAGGAGGAUACAGGUGGAGGAGGAUGAGGCGCGGGGGCAUGAUUCGGCGGUGGAUGCGAGGUGUGCGGGGGAGCUGGUGAGGUGGAGGGUUAGGGAGGGGGUGGUGCUGGAGAGGGGGAGGAGGGAGGGGGGGAUGGGGGUGGGGGGGAUGGGGGUGGGGUUGGCGGUGGGGAAGAAGGAGGGGGUGGGGAAGAAAGGGGGUGGGGGAAAAGAUGGAGGUGGGGAGGCGGGAGGGGGGUAG